AAAGAAGCCGAGGAGUCAUUAAAAGAAGAGCUUUCUCGCAGCGAGAAAGACAACGGGCUUUCAUCCGGAUCUACUCUGGAACUCAUCAAUCAACUAGCGCAGCACUAUGUUGAAUUUGAGGAGUAUUCGAAGGCUGAACAGCUAUACAAACGUGCUUUCGUGGCAACUCAAGAUCACCAGGGACCACUACACCUCAAAACUGCUGCAAUUCUGCAACGUAUAGCUGACGUCGAAAAAGAGCAAGGGCAUUAUGCUGAGGCAUCAGAAUGCCUCUCUCGUGUGGAAGCAAUCCAGAAUGCCGUUCUACCGCCAGGAGAUCCUCAAACCUUGAGUACACGUGCUUCCAUUGCGAUAUUAUACGACAAACAGAAGCAGUGGCAACAGGCCGAAGGACUAUACAAGCGAGUUAUCAGCGAAAGGGAGAAGUACCUCGACAAAUAUCACGAAGAUAUGCUU